AGAACCUCCUCUGAAGACGACUAGCCUGCACGCCUGCACAAUAUCUGUUGUUUAUACAGAUGAUUGUCCUCUUGAAAUAUAUUUUGUCAACCAAAGUACCGCUUUACAUUAAAGAUGCUUUUUACUGUAACGGCUGUGCUAUUUAGUCUGGUGGCUUACGAAGCUGUUGUUGGGUGUAAAACUUCACAGAAGUCUACACAGAAGUCUACACAGAAGUCUACACGUUUUAUGUGGCAAUCAGAGUGUGAAAUACACAAUGAGUUAAUCUCGGGUUUCAGUAGAACAAGUUGGAAAAAUGAUCCCCUUCAAAUCUUAGAAAACGCUGAAUGCAGCACUCAAAACUGGCCUUGGAAUAACUCUAAACCUCAAACUAUGUACGCUGAUUGGUCAAUUUUAAAAAGCGACCGCUCCUGGGCGAAUUGUCCAGCGGGUUUUUUCCUAUCUAAUAUGAAAGGCCAAAAAAAUAGCAAUGGCCAUUUAGAUAAUAUUGAACUAGGAAGAUGCUCCAAGCCUGCAGACCACCCGCCAAAGUACGGAGAAUGUUAUGUCCAGGAUAUCUCUGAUUGCUCUAGUAACACUGACUUAUGUAGAUGUAAAAACGAAUCCUACGUCGCUGGUGUAUAUCGCGGUACUUACAAUAAACUCUACUUUCUAGAGAAACUGAGGUGCUGCAAGACUGCAGAGGGACCGGAAGAACUAGACGAGCUGUACAAGGUGAAGACCCGCAUCAUGGACACAACGAUGUGGGACAUGGCUUCACUGGCUCGUUUUUUGGGUUAUGGCUAUCCUGGGGGUUGUAGAGGCUUUGAAAAGGUUGGAGAAAAUUUUAGAAGAAGUGGCGACACUUGGAAAGCUGAUACAAGUGGACGCUGUACGGGCUACCUGAGUGAUAAACGUCUGAGCAUGGCCUAUGGUGACUGGAGUUUUGGAAUAAAGGACAUCAAGUAUGGAACACCUGUGAUACAAGACUUAAUUCCCGAAACGAUAGACUUUGGUACCAUAUCUAACGAUGACCCGACUGAUGUCACAAAAACUAUCAUACAAUCUGAGACCAGUGUCCGUAGCGUCACCCACACCACAACAAGCUCUUGGAAAAACAGCGACGAGCUGAAUGUCCAGGUGAGUUUCAUGCCAUAUGGUGUAGGAGUGUCUGCCGGCUAUAAAUUCAACUAUGAGACCAGCACCACAACAUCAGAUGAAACCAAGAAAGAGCAGUCAAAAACCUUUGUAGUCAACACAUCUAAAACUCUCAAACCGAAUUCCGCUUCUAAAUGGAGCCUCAUCCUGUCUAAAACAAGAACCUCUGUGACCUACACAGCCACUGUUAUAGCAAAGUUUUCCUGUGAACUUCAAGGAAUUCUAAGUUGGUUUGAAGGAUCAAACAGUAAAUAUUCCAACUACCAUUACCAGCAUCGUGGUAACGAAGAUUUUCCCAGGUUUCACUACAGAUUUGGUGACUCCAGCAUUCCCUUCUACACAGCCCUGAAACGACAAAGCGAAACCAACUCACUGCCUUGGAUGUGGAACGACAUGAAGAAUGCCCACCCGAACGCACAAUAUUUUAUCAACGAUCUGUGUAAUGAAAACAGGUACACCUUCAAAAUAACUGGCAGGUUUGAUGACGUCAUUGGCAAAAACGCCAGCAUCACCUGGGACUCUGUGCCGUUACGCAAGCGAUUAGCCGACGUUUUCGAGGACGUGCCUGAUGUCAUAUACCAGAACUACACUCGCGUCGCCAAGGCUCUGCCUAACGAUGUUCCUCUGGUGAAGCUUGAGCCUCCUAAAGUCGACAUCGAGUUCUUGAACCAAGCAAAGAUUGAGAACCUCGAGUUAUCUGGUUCUAAGUUAUAUAACUAGAGAAAAUAGUUUUAUUAAACGUCAUACAUUUCAUACCUUAUUUGUACUCUUUAAACUAUUUAAUUGUAUGCAUGAUUAAAAAAUUAUAUCUUAUUCCUAUAAACAGUAAUUUUAAAUUGCUAUAUUAUACUUUUUUGGAAAUAAAAUAAAAAUCACCAAUA